AUGGAACGGAACGUCAAAGACCCUGGGGGACAGAAAACCUUCAAACCAUCAACAUUCUGUUCUCUUCUUGAAAACGGGAAUAACAACCGUAAAACGCAAGGUGGCGCUGCUGCCUUAAAAGAGGGGGAAAGACUCUCAGCACAGACUUCGCAGGUUCCAGGAUUCAGAGGAAAUCUGGCGAGUCGGAAAGGAAACCGUGGGAACGGCAGCUGCGGGAAAGCCGAGGAAAGGAGGCCUGGAGGCCGAGCGGAGCGCGCGGGCCGGACCAGCCAAGUCCUGCUUCUCUGUGCGUUUCUGGGAGUGUCUGGGGCCGGCGCGGAGCCGCUCCGGUAUUUUGUGGCCGAGGAAACCGAGAGAGGCACCUUUCUGGCCAGCCUAGCAAAUGACCUGAGGUUGAGGGCGGGGGAACUGGCAGCUCGGGGAUCUAGAAUCGUUUCAGACCAGAACCCCGGACUGCUGCUACUCAACCCGCUCACCGGUGACUUACUGCUCGGGGAGAAAUUGGACCGGGAGGAGCUGUGCGGCCCCACAGAGCCCUGCGUGCUGCCUUUCCAGGUGCUGCUGGAGAAGCCUUUUCAGAUUUUCCGCGCUGAGUUAUGGGUCAGAGACGUCAACGAUCAUUCUCCAGUGUUUCUAGAGAGAGAGAUUCCCUUGAAAAUACUAGAAAGCACCACCCCAGGGGCGGCAUUUCUCCUAGAAAGGGCACAGGAUUUGGAUGUCGGAACCGACAACGUGAGAAACUACACCAUCAGCGCCAAUACUUAUUUCCAUAUUAACGUGCACGACCGUGGGGAAGGGAAUCUCUAUCCCGAGUUAGUACUGGAUCGAGUGCUGGACCGCGAGCAGCUACCUGAGCUCAGUUUAACCCUCACCGCCGUGGACGGCGGCUCUCCGCCCCGCUCCAGCACUGCGGUGGUUCGGAUCUUAGUCCUGGACAUAAACGACAAUGCCCCUGCGUUUGUACAGUCGCUCUACAAGGCGCAGGUGCCGGAGGACAGCCCCGUGAGCUCCCCGGUUGCUGCUGUGUCCGCUAGAGAUUUAGACGCCGGGAGUAACGGAGAAAUCGUUUAUGCAUUUUUUUAUGCCACUGAAAGAAUUCUCAAAACAUUUCAAAUCAAUCCAACAUCUGGCAGUCUUCAUCUUAAAAGCGAAUUAAACUAUGAGGACAUGCAAAAUUACACAAUAACUAUUCAGGCCCAGGACGGUGGAGGGCUUUCUGGAAAAUGUACCAUGGUGGUCCAGGUAACAGAUGUAAACGAUAACGCACCGGAACUGCUCCUGUCCUCGCUCCUUACCUCGGUUCCGGAAAACUCAGCUGAGACCAUCGUAGCUGUUUUUAAGAUUAGAGACAAAAAUUCAGGUAACAAUGCAAAGAUGGUGUGCUCCAUCCAAGAUGAUCUCCCCUUCCUCCUGAAGCCAUCAGUAGAGAAUUUCUACACCCUGCACACGGAAACGCUGGACAGAGAGACCACGGCUGAGUACAACAUCACCAUCACCGUCACCGACUUGGGGACGCCCAGACUGAAAACCGAACACAACAUAACCGUGCUGGUCUCCGACGUCAACGACAACGCCCCCGUCUUCACCCAAACCUCCUACACCCUCUUCAUCCGCGAGAACAACAGCCCCGCCCUGCACAUGGGCAGCGUCAGCGCCACAGACACAGACGCGGGCGCCAACGCCCAGGUCACCUACUCGCUGCUGCAGCCCCAGGACCCCAGCCUGCCCCUCCACUCGCUGGUGUCCAUCAACGCCGACAACGGCCACCUGUUCGCCCUGAGGGCGCUGGACUUCGAGGCCCUGCAGGCGUUCGAGUUCCUGGUGGGCGCCACAGACCGCGGGGCCCCGGCGCUGAGCAGCCAGGCGCUGGUGCGCGUGCAGGUGCUGGACGCCAACGACAACGCGCCCUUCGUGCUCUACCCGCUGCAGAACGGCUCUGCGCCCUGCACCGAGCUGGUGCCCAGGGCGGCCGAGCCCGGCUACCUGGUGAGCAAGGUGGUGGCGGUGGACGGCGACUCGGGCCAGAACGCCUGGCUGUCCUACCAGCUGCUCAAGGCCACGGAGCCCGGGCUGUUCGGCGUGUGGGCGCACAACGGCGAGGUGCGCACGGCGCGGCUGCUGAGCGAGCGCGACGCGGCCAAGCACAGGCUGCUGCUGCUGGUGAAGGACAACGGCGAGCCGCCGCUGUCGGCCAGCGUCACGCUGCACGUGCUGCUGGUGGACGGCUUCUCGCAGGCCUACCUGCCGCUGCCCGAAGCGGCGGCGGGCGCCGCGGCCCAGAGCGACCCGCUCACGGUCUACCUGGUCAUCGCGCUGGCGUCGGUGUCGUCGCUCUUCCUGUUCUCGGUGCUGGCGUUCAUCGCGGUGCGGCUGUGCAGGAGGGGCAGGGCGGGCUUGGUGGGCGGCUGCUCGGUGCCCGAGGGCCACUUUCCGGGCCACCUGGUGGACGUCAGCGGCACAGGGACCCUGUCCCAGAGCUACCAGUAUGAGGUGUGUCUGAAGGGAGGCUCAGGAACCACGGAGUUCAAGUUCCUGAAGCCAAUUAUUUCUAAUGUGCAGGUCCAGACCAUGGGGAGGGAAGUGGAAGAAUAUCCUACAUUUCAGCGUGAUUUGGGUUUCUGGUAG